ACGACUACCACAAUGGCGUCGCGGAUGGCAAUAUCCUCCCUCCUUGAUGGCCCAUCUGGCAGCCCCAGCCCGGCGGGCAAGGCAGAAGCGCUGCCAUCUUUAGCAGAGGUUACUGCUGGACUUUCUUCGCCCAAACACCGAUAUGGAUCCGUUGAGGACAACGGUCGGCAUGAAGACGCUACGUACUACGCCCACGUCACCUACUACCCGCCUCCGAUGUCGAGUCCGCACACUCAAUAUGCUGGCUACCCACCCCCAGCGUCGAGCUAUGCAUACCCGCCAGCCCACCUUCCAACGUAUGGACAUACACCCCCGAGUGCCUAUCAGGCAUAUGAGCGCCCUUACUCUCGUCACUCUAUCCAAUCAACCUCCUCACACUCACGAUCACCUGAGCUGCCCACAUCUCUCGGUGUCACCGGCAUGAAGAGGAAACGCUCGGAUGAAGGUGUCGUGGACCCAACAGACCGGGAGAGGGAUGUCAGAAGCCGAUAUGGAUACUCCGAUAUGCGAGAGACAUACGAACCAGUUCCUCCUCCACCCCAUCUAUCGCCCAGCCACUCGCUGCCACCAUCGCUGCCACCGUUACCGGACGUGUAUAUCCACUAUUCACGCGAGCCCCCUGUGGAACCCCACUACUACGCCCAACCACCUCAUACGCAUCCUCCACGUCGACAUACGCCCCCUCAGGCAACGCAUACACCGAGCUCCGGUGAGCAUUUCCCGCGUCAACAAUAUUAUCAACACGCUCCCGCACCAUCGUCGUAUGCAUACCCACCAUCUUAUAUGCGUUAUUCGACGAGCCCUGCACGGGAGCACGAGCGAGUUUCCCCGCAUGCAGAGUCCCAUCAUCCAUCCUAUGCGCCUCCACCCGCUCCAUAUCAGCCAUAUCAUUCCCCAACAUCGUCAUACGCGUUCCUACCGGCGCGCCAUUCGCAGUCUCCGUAUGGAUCUCGACCAGUAUCUGGUAAUCGAGAGCCGAUCAUCGCCACUCCCUACGCUGUGCCACGUACGGAGACGAGCUCAGUGGUUGAGAUGGCAUUGCGGGAGGAGGAAAGGCGUAAGCAGUCGGGUGAAAGGUGGGUGGCAAAAAUGCCUGAGAGUGCAACGAGCGACGUAAAGACUUCGCCUGUCAUCUUGAAGGUCGAGGAGGCGACCAGAGAGGAGCCCGUUCAUGAGACGAUGACGAACAAUGGGGUCCACGGAUUGCCGCCGCCGGAUGCUUCAGAAUCAACAAAGCCAAGAGACGAAGUGCCUUUGCUUCAGGAACCUACCACCAUACCGCGAAAUGACGAAUCCCAUCAGAUGGAACAGCCUGUCAAAGCUCAGAUAGCUGCUGCAAAAGUCCUGGAAGUUGAACAAGGUCCUGCACCUGAAGAAAAUUUUGCACCUCCGGCAGAUGCGACGACAGCACAGUCUGAGCCGCAGAAGCCGAAUCCGAAGCUUGUGGUAGAGGUCGAGGUCAAAGCAGAACCUCCUGCCGACAUGGAUAUAGACAUCGUUUCGGAGUCACCAGCAGCGACUGUUUCUGUCCCGCAUCAAACCCCAGUCGAAACCAGACUCCCCAUCGUCGAUCGCUCACCUUCACUCGCCUCAACCGUGCCUCUUGCAACGGACGCCGUCGAGCCCUCACCCGCUCCGACAAUCCCGAGACGUUCUACAUUGCCAGAUGCGGAACCAUCCCCAGCGCCGAUUGUCCUUCGUGUCGAACCGUCGCCAGCACCAAUCGUCCUCCGGAAUGAGACCAAAGAAGAACCGACAAGUCCGGUCCUGAACGUUGACGUACCUUCCCCUCCCGUGUCAAGCAUCAUCAGGCAACCACCCGACGCGCUGCCGACUUCUGGCAAUGACAUUAAGGUGCCCGAAUCAACACAAUUGACGAGCCUUGUGGAUGCGGCGCUUCAUCCAUCCGUGAAGUCAGAGACACCGGCGGUGGCAGGCAAGGACGAUGUUGAGGUUGAUGUUGUUGACGGGCCAGAGCCAACGCCAGACGUUCCAAGGGGUACAAGCAUUCUCUCUGAAGCCGUAGGGGUUGCCGCAGAGAAAGCGGCCGUUUCGAAGGGCAAGCCAAACAAGUCGAAAGCCAAGAGUCAUCAUAAGGCAUCGAAUUCCACAUCCAAGACAGAAUCGAAGUCCAAGUCUAAGGCGAAGGAUUCAAGUAAGACACCGGUCGCCAAGGACAAGGAUGUAACAAAGCCGCGAGCGGCGGAUGCCUCGCCUGUACCGGCGGCCAAAACAAAGGCAAAGAAGUCUAGCGGGAAGCAAACGGCCCGUGUGGCCUCACUCGAACCGCCACAAGAGACUCCAGAGCCCGCGAAGGCCGACGACGAGGAAGACAAAGAGAAGGACGAUCGGCUGUAUUGCGUGUGUGAGACGUUGUAUGACGAGGAGAGGUUUAUGAUCGGGUGCGACAAGUGCGAUAACUGGUAUCAUCCUGCUUGCGUGGGGCUGGAAGAAGAGCAAGCAGAUCUCAUUGAUAAGUUCUUCUGCCCGAGAUGCAUUGCUGCCGAUGCUACACUGAACACGACGCACAAACGUCCAUGCGCCCGAUAUCCCUCUUGCACGAAUCCCUCCCGCCUUCCAGCUUCCAAGUACUGCUCAGACGAAUGCGGCCAGGCGCGAGUGGAAGAGAUCUACAACAUGCAGCCCAAGUCUGUUCAAGCUCUUAUCAAGAAAGUCGUGGAAGGUGCUAAGCGACCCGAGGGCCGCGUGGAUCCUGUCACUGGCCGCGUCAGUGGCCAGGGCAAGGGGGAAGACGCGCAAUUGGCCAUGCUCGAAGAGCCGUUGCAACAGGUGCUGGACGAGCGUGCCGAGAGCGAGCGCCGGUUAGAGACGUGGGAACGGCGCGAGCGCAUCGUUGACGCUAUCGUGAGUCGGUGGAAACACGAGCAGAAGGACGAGGGCAUUUGCGGGUACGACGAACGCCUGGGUUGUGGAUGGGACGAGAUCGACGCUGUGGACCCCAGCGAGGUGGCCGAGGUGUGCCAGGAGGGACUCAAAUGUGAUCGUCAUCGGGGUUGGGACAAGGCCCAUGUCGAAGUGGUAGCGCGGGCGAAAGCGCUGGAGGAGGAGAACCUGCAGGAUCUCACCCUUCGCGAGCGGAAUAUAAGAAGGGAUAUGGAACGUGUCGAAGUACGACGCAAGGUCGUCCAACGUACAUGGCACCGAGCACCUGAUGCGCUUUCCGGUCCUCCCUUGCCCGACGCUCACCUGGCGCCAGAAGUGAUCGACGUGAAGAUCGAAGUCUGA